AUGAUUGUAGAGACAGCGACCAUCCCUGGGCCUCCUGGCCUUCCUUUCGUAGGCAACAUUUCGGACAUCGACGCCGAGAACACCAUGCUGUCACUCUGCAACCUCACAGAUACAUAUGAGCAAGUCCGCAAUGGUGUACAUGACGGUCUCUUCACAGCACGCGGUCCUCAGGAAGAGAACUGGGGGGUCGCACAUCGAGUGCUGCUCCCCCAGCUCGGCCCUUUGGCCAUUCGCAAUAUGUUCCCAGAGAUGCACGACAUUGCUUCGCAACUUGUCACGAAGUGGGCACGCCACGGACCCAACCACCGCAUCCAGGUCAGUGAAGACUUCACAAGAAUGACGCUGGACACUAUCGGCCUGUGUGAAAUGGACUAUCGCUUCAACUCUUAUUACUCGGAGAGCAUGCAUCCAUUUGUCGAGGCAAUGGCAGACUUCCUGAAAAUCAGCGGGGAUCGUAGCUGCAGAGACGCCGUAACGCAGAUGUUCUACCGCACGGAAAGCCAGAAGUACCAAGAGGAUAUCGCAUUGCUCCGCAAGACAAGUUUUGAUGUGAUAAACGAGCGCAAGAAAAACCCUACAGACAGGAAGGAUCUCCUCAAUGGCAUGCUGAAAGGCGUCGAUCCAAAGACUGGCAAGACCAUGACAGACGAAAGCGUGGUGGACAACCUGAUCGCGUUUCUCAUUGCUGGCCACGAGACGACAUCUGCACUGCUCUCGUUCACCUGGUAUUGUCUGCUGAAAAACGCUGCUGCAUACGAGGUCGCGCAGCAAGAAGUCGAUACGGUAAUCGGUAACGGCCCUAUUACCAUCGAUUAUCUUACCAAAUUGCCGUACCUGAACGCGAUACUACGAGAGACACUGCCUCUAAGGCCCAAUGCUCCCACGAUGGCGCUUGCAGCCAAGGAAGACACCUUCAUUGGUGGCAAAUACCCAGUCAAAGCCAACAUUCCGUUGCUCACACUCUUCCCGAAGAUCCAUCGCGACCCUGUUAGAAUGCUGGAAGAGGAAUUCACUCGCCGUGAAAAGGAGUUCCCUAAUUCGUGGAAGCCUAUUGGCAAUGGUAUGAGGGCCUGCAUUGGCCGACCAUUCGCCUGGCAAGAAGCUCUUCUAGUGAUGGCGAUGCUCCUGCAGAACUUCCACUUCUCUCUGGAUGAUCCGUCAUAUCAACUCCACAUCAAGCAGACCCUCUCCAUCAAGCCAAAAGACUUCUACAUGCGCGCACGCCUACGUAGUGGCGUGUCCGCGACUGCUCUGGAGCGCACACUUGCUUCUGCUACGCUCAAUGAUCCACCAGCGAACGGUGCGCAACAAAUAUGCAAGAAAGCGCCUGCGAAGGGUAAACCAAUGUCGAUCUAUUACGGCUCGAAUAACGGCACUUGCGAGGCUCUGGCCAACAGACUUGCCAGCGACGCUUCAAAUCACGGAUUCAGAGCUGAUGUCGUCGAUGCUCUGGACUUUGCGAAGGCUGACUUGCCAACUGACAGGCCUAUCGCCAUUAUCACUGCUUCGUACGAGGGUCAGCCCGCUGAUAACGCGACACAAUUCGUACAGUGGAUCGGCACAGAACUCAAGGGUGUAUCAUAUGCCGUGUUCGGCUGUGGACAUCGCGAUUGGGCCAAGACGUUCCAGAAGGUUCCAAAGUACCUCAAUCAAGAAUUGGAGAAAGCUGGCGCCACUUGCCUUGUCGACAUGGGCUCCGCUGACGCCGCUCAGGGCGACAUCUUCACCGAGUUCGAGACUUGGGAAGAUCGAGUAUUCUGGCCUGCUGUAAAGGAAAAGUACGGGUCAGCAGAAGUUGAGGGCGAGGGUUUAUUAGAGGCAACACUCGGUGUCGAGAUCUCGACACCGCAAUCUUCAACUCUACGUCAGGACGUCCGCGAGGCACGCGUCGAAGAUGUCCAGGUCCUCCGGCGACUACCUCGCAAUCCUUGGAACCCCAAGGAGAACAUCCAGCGCGCGAUGCGACAUUUCGGCUUGUCUUGGGAGAGCAUGCUGACCAUCUCCUCGACUGGACCGACUACCUUGCCCGCAGACCAGCCUAUCAGUGCCAUUGAUGUCUUUGGAGCAUACAUUGAGCUCGCACAGCCGGCAAGCAGGCGUAAUGUACAUGCUCUGGCGGACGCGACACGUGAUGAGGCUACACAGAAGGAACUCACACGUCUUGCAGAGGACGCAUUCGGCCAUGAGAUCACAUCCAAGCGUGUCUCGGUGCUAGAUUUGCUCGAGCGAUUCCCUUCGGUUCAGCUUCCUCUUGGCAUCUUUCUGAAGAUGCAGCCACCGAUGCGCGUCCGCCAGUACUCGAUUUCCUCAUCACCACUCUGGAAUCCAAACAAUGCCACGCUCACUUAUGCUGUUGUUGACCAGCCGGUGCUGAGUGGUCAAGGCCGUUUCGUCGGCGUGGCUACGAAUUACCUAUCGAAUCUUGCAGCUGGCGACAAGCUCCAUGUCAGCGUUUGGUCGAGUCAUCAAGCUUUCCAUCUGCCCAAAGACUUGAAGAAUGUUCCGGUGAUCAUGAUCGCUGCUGGUACAGAGCUCGCCGCUGGUCGCGAACUAGCUCCCGCGCUUCUCUUCUACGGCUGCCAUAGCCCUGACAGCGACCUUCUUUACUCUGAUCCACUAAAGUGUUGGAAGCAGCUUGGUGCAGUAUCCUCCCGUUACGCCUUCUCACGCGCAUCGGAUCAGUCUGAGGGCUGCAAGUACGUCCAAGACCGCCUGUACCACGACAGACAAGAGAUUGUUGACCUUUUCGAAGCGGGCAGUAAGCUAUUCGUAUGUGGCAGCAGGGACGUUGGCGACGGCGCACAAGAGACGUUGAUCAAGAUCGCGAAGGAGACUAAAAUGAAGAAGGAGGGUAUAGAGGUGGACGACCAGACGGCGAGGGAGUGGUUCGAGGGAUUGAGGAACGAAAGAUUUGCGACAGAUGUGUUCGCCUGA